AUGCCUGGACCCUUGACCAUUGGGCAAGUGAGCCUCAGAAGUUACUCACCCAGUGAGGAAAUCUACUUAUCCCAGACAACCAGAUGGGACUUUUUUCAAUGGUAAAAACAAACAAACAAACAAACAAAAAAGGUUGCAGUAUGAUUAUAUGGUCCAUAAUGAGAUGGUCAUGUAGUUUAUUGCAUGCAAAGAAGCGAAACAAAGUACGUUCAUUACUUAGUACCAAAAAGAGAUUGUUACCUACCAGAGAAGUUGACUGAAUUUUCUUUUUUGUGUGAUAAAAGAUGCCUUGCAAAGGGUUAUAGUUACUUACUGCAUUGAGUUAUCUGUAAGUAGACAAUUUACAUGUAACAUUCUGAAACUUUCUUCUUCAGAUAUCCGGGUCCCCUUGAUGUGGACUCAAGAUGAUCACAAUAAAACCAAAACAGGUACAUUGUCAUUGAAUGGUCAUUUUCUUAUUCACAACCUUGUUAAUACAUGAUGAUAAGAUUACCAGUGGCAAAUAGCAGAUGGAAAUCAGCCAUUUGCUGUAAAAGUGGUGCUUAACCUCAAUCUCUUCAAUAUGACCAGACAAUUAUUACCUCUGGUGAGACCAGUUAUCAAGUAAGAAAGGCAAACUGUAAAUCUGUUUUUAAAGUCACGAGGGUGAUAUCUUUGAUAUUCAUUACGUAGUUGUUAAAGGCCACAUUACCAGCAGUGAGGUCAAUCAUGACCACCCAGUUUAUUUUGUCAGAUCUUUACAGCCUAUCAGUGUUAGUAUCAAUGGGGCUUCACUAGUAUUAAAUUUUUUUUCUCCCUUAAUAACCAUGACAUAUUCUUCCAGACUAUUGCUCAUGCAGUUGACUGCUAGUAUUUUCAUCCAGUAUAUGGCAUUUUUUACUUAAUUUUUUGUUUUUUAUGGUUGAUUAUGUUCUGAUUGGUCUUCUUCUGCGUCACUUUUUUUUCAGAGCAACAUCUCUACUAUGUGUUCUGUUUAUUGAAGCUUGAUGGCCAAGUGUUGGAUACUGCUCUGGUGGAGACUGAUGAAUCAGAAACAGACAUUUCCUUUGACAACAUAAUUGUCUUGUAUGUUUUCACUUUUAUGUUUAUGAGUACUCCAGCUUAUAGUCUGCAUACAAUAUUUUGAAAACCCAAAAGGUGCCUCAUUAAACUGUCCACUGCACUGCUACUGUGAUCCCAACCCUGAGUGCAUGUUCUUGGUAUCUCAAAUCCACAGCAGCUUUGUUUUAUAAAUUAAUACACAGCGUGCAAAGAAAGUCGUGUCCAAUAGCCCAGGGCUAGUGAUUUUUGUUCUUAACUUGCCCAAUGGGCAAGUGCUGUUUUUUGGGGAAAUUCAAAUUACAUAAGGAUUGUAAUCAAUCCUGCUAAUUAAAAAGGGUUUUGGGGCUAGUUGAACAGACUUGUGGGCUAGUACAUGCUAGCUACAGUUUGCCUGAAUGGCAGGCUGUAAAACUGUCUUUCUUUGCACCCUGAUACAUUAGCUAUUAAACUAGACUACCUCCUGCAGGUUAGGAUGCUUAAUCUUGCUUAGUUUAUUAGGAUUAUCUGUUUUAUUGUCUCUGAAAAGCUCCUCCUGUGAACAGGUCAGUUAAAUAAUACAGUCAACUCCCUUUAUAGGGGGCACUCUAGGGACCUUGAUUUAGUGUCCUCAUUAUAAAGGAGAGUGUGUAAUAGUGGGAUUUUAUUUCAGUCACAAGUCUGUUAUUUAUUUUUUGCCUAGAAUUUAGCUGCUGUCGGAUAUAGUGAGGUUUCCGCAAGGCGAGAGUUUACUUUACUAUGCUAUUAUUAUUAGUUCACUACUGCCUUUUAUAAUAAACUAACUUGCUGCAGUUUUGUUUUGAUUUUUAUACAGUGACAAUGUGAGUCAUGAUUUCAGACUGGACAUAGAGAUUUACUACACAGUGUCAUCAGACAGUGCAGCAAACAGAUUCACCGGAGCAAUGAGACCUCUUAGAAGAACUGCAGCCGGACCUGAGACUCCUAAAUUUAUACUUGCAGGACACACCCAGCUAACAGUUGACCACUUGAACGACAGUGUCAAAUCACAUGAUCUUAAAACUGGUAAGACACAAGCUGUCUAGCAAGUACAAAAUUUUUCGCACUUACAUAUUUGAUGAGUAAUCCAUUUCAAGGGUUAUAAGUUUGACAUCGGUGAUUUGUCACACAGUUUUCACUGCCAGUUAGCUGUGACUAAAAAUAGGGUAUGUAUAGGAGCAGCAAUUUCAUGGCAAUUUGUCACUGUUGCAAAUAUCCAUGCAAUUUAUUGAUUGAUCAGGGAUUUCCUGCUCGAGGGAUUCUAAACAUAGCUUACGAAAAAAUGUUUACACCAGAUAAAGGUUGAGGUAACUGCUACUUAAAGGGAAAAAAAAAAAUAAUGUCAAGAAAUUGCCAUUAAAUCACUACUAAAUUGCAUAAAAAUUGCCAUGUGCUUCUUAUUGCUUUCUUUCUCUUCAGUCAAUGAAAUAAUGAUAAUGUUAUUGUAAUAUUAUCAAAUAAAAAAUUAUGACACUGAACUUGUCAAAAUAAAUGUCGCUUGUUGAUAUCAGUGCCAAACUGUGAGGCCAGUUUCUGGCUUGUUGAAUCAAACUUUGAACUCUCACUAAAAGAAAUUCAAGCAUACUGUAUGGUUAUUUUGUUACAAAUAGUUAUGGUGAGUCCUGGCACUCGUCUUGUGAAAAAUCAUGAGUCCCUGUCCCCUCCGUCAGGGACGCAGGACGUAGAGGCAACAAAAUCACUGACCGUAUAGCAUUUUAAAUUUGAAAGUCUAUGUGGUAGAAAAGAUGUGAUUUUCACUUUGCCUUCAUACUGUAGGUUUAUAUGGUGCUAGCCCCUUAGCAACAACUUCAGAAUCCUCCAAUAUGCCUCAGUUAGCCCUUUGGGGUCAGAUCUGCUGUCGUCUAGCAGCCAGACCUGCAUGUGUAGAGGAACCGCAAAUGAAUGGAUUCCUAGAAAUACAGGUAUCAUUACAACAGUAAUGGAACUAAUGACAAACAUAAAAAAAGUUAACCCCAUUGCUAGAGCCAACAGCACUCGUGCAUGCUCCGAUUGUCCUGACCUGGCUGUCUAUAUGGAGAAGAGUUGGCCCAGCUAGGAGGGUGACCCUAUCAUCACAAAAGACCCUCGUAGCUGGGUCACACCUCUAGCCAAGCCAACUUUUUGUUUACCCAUUUUAAAGGAAAUUUAUGAAAAGUUGACUCUCCCAUUGUAGGUUGGAUAGUCAACUGACCUUUCUACCCAGGACAACUUAUUGCCUGAGUGACUCCUGAUCUAAAAACCAAUUCUCCCGUUGAUUGAUUUGAAUAUACAGAGCAAACAACUGGGAGAAUCUAGCAGAAAAUCAGAAGUCCCUUAGAGCUUUAUUCCACUGCGCCUUUAUUUAAAUUUCUUUAUCAUAAAAAUUAUAAAUGCCUUCUAGAAGUUGACUAUGGCUAGAAGGGUGACCUUCUUUCAUGGGACAGGUUUUCUCCAUAUAAACAGGGUCUCAGGACCCUUUUUCCAUGGACCCCUUGCGUUUCUAUAGAAAGGCCCAAAAUUAUGCCUGAUCUGUUGUCAACUUCUUUCUUUGUUCUAAAAGUAAAAUUAAUCUAAAGUUGAUGUGGACUUGCUAGCCUGUUUUCUUCAUUGUACUAACAAAUUGGCGAAAAGCAGACAGGUGCCUUGCUCACAUUUUGCCCUGACAGUUUGUGUGUUGAAGUCAAUGUUUUUUUUUUNAUAAUCUAAAAUUGAUGUGGACUUGCUAGCCUGUUUUCUUCAUUGUAAUAACAAAUAGGUGAAAAGCAGACAGGAGCAUUGCUCAGAUUUUGCCCUGACAGUUUGUGUGUUGAUGUCAAUGUUUUUUUUUUUUUAUCGUGUUAUAUUCAGAUGAGGACAGGCAGCCAGUUUUCAUGGUGUAGACUAUGGUGUGUCUUGAAACAUGCAACCAUCAAAUGCUGGAAAAGUAAAGAUGACUCUAAUAACAAAGAACCUGUUGAACUGAUAGAAAUCAAACCAGUAAGAUGAUCUCAUUCAACCUCACUUAACUAGAAAAAUAUCUAGUUUCAAAUUGUAAAUUAGUGUAAAUGGUUUGAGCUCGAUUAGGCACCAAAGAGCAACACCCGAGCCCUAAUUUAAACUACAACAACAACAGCUUUAUUCUUGGUACAAAAAUACAAAAGUUGGAUAGUUUGCCCCGCAAAUAGCUGGAAAGCUAGUCGUGGUGGGGCAAAACAAGUACAUAAAUUUUUGUUUUUAUCUGGUAAAAACAAAAACCUUAAACUAUUAGAAAGCCUUGCAGAAUGUAACUAAAAUAGGUAAAACACAGAAAUUAAGUAAUCUAAUUUACACAGCGCUUACUGACGUAUGAUAAAUUGAGACAAGGAGUCACCGACUCUUAAAUGAUAACACAGAAAAAGAAAAGCAGACAUUAAAACCUUUCGUAUGUACCUAUGGGGAUUUUAAUAUAGUCAUCCUCCUUUCUAAGAUAUCAAAUAGCAAUUUGCCGAUAACUAUGGAGGUAGUAGUUUUAGUGCAAUAGGAUAUUGUGCGCUACGGUCAUCAGUAUACAGGUACAUGCUGCUCCAGCUUAACUGGACUAGGUAUUGAAUUUUGAUCAGGUGUGAAAUAGUUUAAGGAAAGGGGAAAUCAUAUUGGUCUGAAAUAAGGUAGGGGAUUCAAGAAGCAUGAUAUACAACCCUGCUCACAUUUCCUGGACCAUCCCCUCCCCACACCUCGGCAGGGAGACAUAAAUCCCAGAUUCUGGGCUUAAUCAGUUGAACAAUUUUGAUUGGAAGUGGUUUCACCCUGUAGUGAGUUUGCCCCCCUAAAAGUUAGCCCUGAAAGAAAUCAAGUUUGUCCCAGAGUGAAUUAGCCCCCGCUAGUUAGCCUUCUAAGGAACUUUGUUAACCACUUGCACGUGUAGGAACUAUAUUAACCAAGGACAUGACAGUAAAAACCACCAAUAUGACUAUAGGUCCUGUGAUUUGUUCUGUACUGACAGUUUUUGUUCUUGUUUUGUAACCAGAAUAUGGAAAUUGCAGACACAAUCAGCCCCACGUUUCAACAGCGUCAUAUUCUAAUUCUUACAAGCCAGGUGCCCGAGAAGGAACCUGUGCUAGCCUCUAACUCAGAUGAAGAGUACGCCAAGUGGAGAGAUGCUUUGUACCAAGCUAUUCGCGAUGUGACCGCUUGGAAGGAUUCUUGUAGGCAGGAGAUGAACAUUGUUUACCCAAAACCAAAGAGACUUCCUUCGGUCGAAACCAAGACUUUGUAUGAUUCGAUAGAGGUCACGCUUAGUUGUACGACGGGUAAGUACAGUGUGUACCUUUUAUGAUUUCUUUUCUGUCAGUGACAAAUACAGCAUCAAAGCGGUUUCUUGCAACACUGUACUAUUAAGAGAAAGAAUUUAUUCACAUUGUGAACCUACAGGGUUUAAUUCUGUUCGCCAUUUUCGCAUCCAUCUUCCGUAAUACACCUUGUUUUCCCCCCAAUAUUUUGCAUGAGCAUUGUCAUUUUCCUUAGGAUGACAUAAACACACAGCUGGGCCCAGUUGUUCAAAGGCUGAUUAGUGCUUAAACCAGGAUUAAAUGUAACCGGGAUUCCUUUUUCUUUUGUUCAAAAGCAUUUCCUCCGAUAAUUUUCUCUGUUAUUUCUAAGAGAAUCCAAUCUUAUCAUCAACUUGUUGACAGAAAGAAUUAAACUGAAUUUACUUUUUAAGCAUCCAAAUCUGAUUUCAAAUUACGCAGUAACCCGGGGUUAUCUUAACCCAGCUUUGACAAGCCGGCCCAGGAGAAAUGAAAACAAAGGCUAUGCAAAUUUUUCUUCUUGUGGUGGGUUGGGGGAUCAAGGUGUAUUAUGGGAGAUGUGCAAAUGGUGAAUGCUGGAUUUUGGGAAACUUUAUCGGCUGCGGUUUUAAGGAGGGAAAGGGAAGGGGCAGGAGUAAGGGGGUAGCAAUUUUGGGGUGCGCAUAAUCUCCUUUAGAUAGUGUAAGUUAUCUUUCUUCUAUCAUGCAACCAUUUCCUUCGCUUGCACCGCUAUAGUGUUUUAUUUUUAAUUUUAACUUGCACUUGCACUGAAUAUGACUUGAUUUCUUCAGAUGCUUCAUGACCUUGCCCGCCAUCUUGCUUGGCUGGAGCAUGUAACUCAGAUAAGUGAGUAUUCCCUCCUCAUCAUGCAGCCAUCGCUUUCUCUCUCACCUCCUAUUCGUGUAGCUUUGUGUAAUUUGUUUCGCUAACUACUGUAUGUCUCGUCUGCUCCACAACCGUUCUUUGUGUCGUCACGCAACGCUCCUCCCCACAAAGUUUGCGUGACGAGGCAACAAAACGGCUGUGAAGCAGAUUACUGUAUGUCUGACCUCGCGACAUGUUCUUUCAUGAUCCUUUGCCUGCUGUAACCCUUCUGUUGAAUUCACUGUACGCUGUCUUGUCUCCAGGCAUCUUUGCUUGCUCUUACGCGGCGCACCCUGUUGUAGCUUGGUAAAGAUGUUUGGAUCCUACCCAUGACGCCCUGCACUCUAUGUUUUCUGCGCCAUAAUAGGGCCUGGAAACGAGACCGUGUCACGUGUCAUGCGUAAAGCAACUGUGUUUACUCUCUAUUAGGGCAACAUUCACAAUAAAUAACAAAGCUGACCGUCAUUGACGUCGCACUGUAUCACUUAAUACUUACGCAAUCGUGCCCCACAAACUAAUAUAACCGACAUUAUUUAACACUUAAUCACUGGAUAAUGCAAUUCUAGGGCUCUGAUUGGCUUAGCUAUCAUGGUAUAUGAGCCAUUAGUAAAAUCCAACUAGUGGUCUAUUAUCAAUGCUGCGUUCUGAUUCGUUGAGCUACCACUAGGCUAUAUGUUAUAGCCCACUGGUAACGAAAAGCGGCGGCUUUUUGGCGGCAAAAAGUAUUAAAUUCUAGCCUUAACUAGCUAAAGUUGUUUUUUCUCGAUAUUUUUUUACCAACUAGCUGGAUUUUACUAAAACAAUUAUUCCUCUCGCCAUCAUGGCCUCUGAGUCAAUAGCCUAUUGACUCAGAGCCCAUUCGGGCUGAAGGAAUAAUUGUUAAUUAUACCAUGCUCUCCAAAUAUGGUAACUGUACGCGUCUGCUCCAAAUUAAAAACAAGCUGAAAAUCGGUUGUUUUUACAAUUAAAGUCGGGAGAAUUCUCGAUAUUUUGUGGGCGUUUUUAUUAAAACAAUUAUUGCACUGCGCUUGUUGAAUAUGAGAUGAUUAUAGCCUACUCGGUGCUACCCGUCUCGUUCGCUAUCUACCAUCUCAUAUCCAACGCGCACUCGUGGAAUAAUUGUUAAUUAUCGUCAUGUGAACCCCUGUAUAAGAGGGAGUUCACGUUUUGAUGCCCUUUUGCCUUUUGGACGUUUCACUCUCGGCAAGAUUGACUCAGUUGAGAGCACUGGCUAGCAGAGCGGGAGACCACAGCUUCGAUUCUCGGGGCCUAAACAAUGCUUUUAGGGUCUUAAAAAACAGUAAAAUAAGGAACUGCCAUUGCUCCUCGUCAUGCAGACACCUAGACCUUCGUGUGGUGCGGAUAACCACUUUCGCGAACCACUUUGCGGUCCCAGCCGUCUUCAGCACGGAAGUGUAAAACAGCGUCCUCAGUUAGGACUUCGUGCUUUAUAGGUUGACACAGACACAUAAAAACGUUACGCUUAAAACCCGCGUGUAAGAAUCUAGGGGUGUAAGAACCUGCUGGGGGAAAUUUAUCUUCUUAAUAGCCAAAAAUAUAAGAACCUGUUUAGCCAAGCAACAUCAACGAGCUUUUAAAUGCGGGUUACGGUUAAAUUAUGAUAAACAUUUUUACCAAGUAGUUUGACUUUGAGAUUUCAAAUUUAUAUUACAUAUUAUAUUUAUUUUUUAUUAUUUUAAAUCAUAUAUUUUAUAUUACGUCUAUUAUGUUUUCUGUUAUACAACUCGAGUUUUAGAGAUAACGCUACAUACAUUGUAUACAUUCUGUAGUUAGUGUAAUUAGGCUUAUCAUAAUACAGUUGUGAGCAAAUACUGUAUAUUUAAGGACAAAACCCAAGUUUUUCUGGUAGCGACGACCACAUCUCUUUCAUUAAAAGAACCUACUUAGCCUACUUUAAUAGCUGCCAAUAACGAACCCAAAAUACAAGAACCAAUUUUUUUUUUUGCUAGACUUCCAAAAAUGUAGGUUCUUGCACGCGGGUUUUAACUGUAUUUCAUUGCUCACAGGAACAAUUUGAAUUGCAUGUUUCUUUAUUCCACAGACUACGUGAAGAAUGACGCCAAACGUAGACCCCUUGGAGAGCUGAAAUCACUUCCUGCUGAAUCACCUAGUGUUGAAUGUACUUAUGAUAUCUGGCAGAGGCGAGUUCCUGAAAACAGAAGUUUUAGAAAGGCAAAAAGACAAGCAGGAGACGAAAACCGCGUGGUGAAUUACGAAACUACAAUCUAA